UGACAUUUUCUGUACUUCCAUCCAUUCUUACUGAACUCACGCAAAAUUAGGGCGAGAGCAGGAAAUCCUCCUCAAAUUGAAGAAGAAGAAGAACUCUCUCUUCUCUCGUUUCAAUCAUUACACUCCAAUUUCGCUUCCCUUCCCUUUCGCUGUCCUGCAAAGCUCCGAGCUUUACCUUCUUCUCUUCAUCUUCUGUUCUCUUCCAAGCUUGCCUAUUUUAAAAAUAUAAGAUGCCAACUGAGGGGGGCAAUGCAUCAGCAGCUCCCAACCAAGGAGAACCCGUUGACUCUGAUGAGAGAAUUGAUCUAAAUGAAGACAAUGAUCCUGAGGAGGCUAUGGAUGAAGAGGUUGAAUAUGAGGAAGUUGAGGAAGAAGAAGAAGUGGAAGAAUAUGUAGAGGAGGAAAUAGAGGUGGAGGAGGAAGGAGAAGAAUCAGACAAUGAUAACAAUGAUAUUGCUAAUCAUGGUGGUGGGACAAGAAGUGAAAACAAUGAUGAAAAGAAGAAGCAUGCUGAACUUCUUGCCCUCCCACCUCAUGGUUCUGAAGUGUACAUUGGUGGCAUUCCUCAGGAUACCACGCAGGAGGAAUUAAGAGGUUUUUGUGAAUCUAUAGGAGAUGUUUAUGAGGUACGUAUGAUGAAAGGAAAGAAUUUAACCGACAGUAAGAUUUUUGCCUUCGUGACCUUUACAAGUGUGGACUUCGCAUCAAAAGCCAUCAAGGAGCUGAAUUAUUCUGAAUUCAAGGUGCAGGGUUCGAAACUUAAGUGUUCAACAUCUCAAGCUAAGCACCGAUUGUUCCUUGGAAAUAUUCCUAGAAGUUGGGGAGAAGAAGAGUUAAGGAAGGCUGUGACAGAGGUUGGACCUGGAGUUAAUGCCAUUCAACUGGUGAAGGAUACAAAGAACAUCAGCAACAACAGAGGUUUUGGUUUCCUAGAAUACCAUAACAAUGCAUGUGCUGAAUAUUCAAGGCAAAAGAUGUCAGAUCCAAAGUUUAAACUAGGUGAUAAUACACCAACUGUGAGCUGGGCUGAUUCUAGGAGCACCAAUUCUGCAGCUGCUACUCAGGUCAAGGCAUUAUAUGUUAAGAAUUUACCAAAAGAUGUAACACAAGAUCAGCUGAAGAACCUUUUUGACAAUCAUGGACAAAUCACAAAGGUGGUUUUGCCACCAGCCAAACUGGGACAGGAGAACAAUAGAAUUGGUUUUGUUCAUUAUGCAGACAGGUCCAGUGCUAUGAAAGCUCUGAAUAGCACUGAAAAAUAUGAAUUAAAUGGCCAAACUUUGGAGUGCUCUCUAGCAAAACCACAGGCAGAUCAGAAAGCUGUUGGUCUUUCAAACAUUCAGAAUGCUGGUAUUCUUCCAAGUUUCCCACCCUUUGCUGGUUAUGGUUUGGGUGGAGCUGCUGCAUAUAGCUCUCUUGCUGCAGGAUAUGGUGCUUCCCCAUUUGCGCAGCCAUUGUAUUAUGGCGGUGCACCAUCUCCUCCUGGCAUGGCGAUGAUGCCAAUGCUUCUACCUGAUGGCCAAAUUGGAUACAUUCUGCAACAGCCGGGCUUACAGCCUCAUCAUAUGACGCCUUCACAUCUAUCAGCAAAUAAUAGAAGUAGUAGCAGCAGCAGCGGCAGCAGGGGGAACAGAAGUGGUGGUGGUAAUCCCAGCCGGGGUAAGCAUAACACCGACGGCAGCAGCUACAGUCGCAGAUUCCGACCUUACUGACAUUUAGUGUUGUUUUUCCUUUGGAUCACAUUCUCCUAUUGCUCUGUUUUACUAUUCUCGUCAAAUUAGAGUUAGAGCCCUAGUCUUUGUGAUUUUUCGGCAAGCACAAUCAAAGCUCAGGUUUUAUUUAUGUUACUGAGUUGUUUGUACAUGCUCGAUAACUUAUGCCCCAUUGCUUGGUUCAUUCGAAACUUCCUUUUGACUUUUGUAGUGCCCCCCAGAAGCUGUUCUUGGUCUUUUGGAAUUCAAAUGUAAUGAUGCAAUGCUACAAUUGGAUUGAAUCAGUUCUAUUGCAUUUGCAUUGGAACCAAAACAAAGUUUACUU